CUGUGUCCAUCAUUUUAACUGGAUCUGGAUCGACUCGAUGUUCUGGAAGAGUUGAAGUUUAUCACAAUAACAUCUGGGGAACAGUCUGUGAUGAUGGCUGGGGUUUAAAUGAUGCUCAGGUGGUUUGCAGACAGUUAAACUGUGGGGCGGCACUGGAAGUUCCUCAAUCAGCUCACUUUGGUGCAGGAACUGGACAGAUCUGGCUUGAUCAUGUGACCUGUUCAGGAAGUGAAAGUUCUCUAACUGAGUGUCAACACAGUGGAUUUGGAUCAAACAGAUGUGAACAUGGUCAGGAUGCUGCUGUCAUCUGUUCAGAUCUGAUUAGAUUAGCUGGUUCUGGAUCUAGCCGGUGUUCUGGUAGAGUUGAAAUCUUUCACAGUAACGUCUGGGGAACAGUCUCUGAUUAUAACUGGGACUUAAAUGAUGCUGAGGUGGUUUGCAGACAGUUAAACUGUGGGACUGCACUAGAAGCUACUCCAUCAUCUAAAUUUGGUGCAGGAACUGGACAGGUCUGGCUCAGUGGUGUAAGCUGUUCAGGAAAUGAAAGUUCUGUAACUGAAUGUCAACACUCUGGAUGGGGAAAUUACUACAACAACUACUACAGUUUACAUUCUUAUGAUGUUGGUGUCAUUUGUUCAGGUGUGAUCAGAUUAAAUGGAUCUGGAUCGACUCGAUGUUCUGGCAGAGUUGAAGUUUAUCACAAUAACAGCUGGGGAACGGUCUGUGAUGGUGGCUGGGACUUAAAUGAUGCUGAGGUGGUUUGCAGACAGCUAGACUGUGGGUCGGCACUGGAAGUUCCUCAAUCAGCUCACUUUGGUGCAGGAACUGGACAGAUUUGGCUCGGUGAUGUGACCUGUUCAGGAAGUGAAAGUUCUCUAACUGAGUGUCAGCACAGUGGAUUUGGAUCAAACAGAUGUGAACAUGGUCAGGAUGCUGCUGUCAUC